GUUUAGCCUCCGUCUUGCACGGAGAAUGGAAAAGAAACCCCACUUCGUUAGGAGGGAGUUUCCUCCCAGGGAGGUGCCGUCCCUCUCGCUGGCGGUACUGCUUGCGGCCAUCCUGCUCCUUAAUGCCCUGCUCUACCUGUACCUCAACAAGUUCUACAUCUCUUCGGGACGUGCCGAAACAGACCCCAGCCUGUGCCCUUUUGGGUAUUUCAAAUUAGGAGCGAUGAAGAAUUGUUCCCCAUGGCUCUCCUGCGAAGCCAUAAAUAGGGAAGUCAGGAAACUCAAGUGUGUUGGUGAAGGCGCUGUGAAAAAGGUCUUUCUUUCUGAGUGGAAGGAAAACAAAGUGGUCCUUUCACAGCUCACCAACUCAGAGCUGAAGGAGGACUUUCUCCACGGACUGAAGAUGCUGAAAGCACUUCAAAGCAAGCAUGUUGUCCGGCUGCUUGGCUACUGUGAGCAGCAGUUCACAAUCCUCACCGAGUACCAUCCUCUAGGCUCCCUGAGGGGCCUGAAUGAAACUCUCCACAUCCCCAAGUACAAGGGCAUAAACACGUGGCAUCGCAGGUUGAUGCUUGCCAUAGACUACGUGAGUGUCAUUCGGUACCUGCACAGCAGCCCUCUGGGCACCUUAGUGAUGUGUGACUCGAAUGACCUGGACAAGGUCCUCUCUCAGUAUCUCCUAACAAGCGACUUUCACAUCCUGGUGAAUGAUUUGGAUGCUUUGCCUGUUGUGAACAGGAGCGCUGGCAGGCUGGUGAAGUGUGGUCAUCGGGAGCUCCGGGGAGAGUUUGUAGCUCCUGAGCAGCGUUGGCCAUAUGGAGAAGAGGUGCCCUUCGAGGAUGACCUCAUGCCUCCUUAUGACGAGAAAACAGACAUCUGGAAAAUCCCAGAUGUCUCCAAUUUUUUCUUGGGCCACGUUGAAGGGAGUGACAUUGUGCGACUGCAUUUGUUUGACAUCCAUGCAGCAUGUAAGAAGAAGGACCCAGCUGAAAGGCCUUCUGCCCAAGAGGUUUUAGACACCUACAAGAAAGUUUUAACUCUGCUCAUCCGAGAGGCAGCCAUGCCUGGUACUAGGGAAAUGUUAUAGUGAAUCAUGAGACAAACAACAUACCGAAGUUGACGUCCUUCUUAUUUAUUUAGUUUGCCUGCAGGGCAAAAUCUCUGUCCCCAAACUGAGAACAACUGAGCUUGUAACUUAUGAUUUAAAAAAAGUAAAAUCCACCCAGUGCUGGAGCUGUGCAAGCUUCCCGUUGGCAUGUUUCAUCUACCAUGGGAAGAGGAGGAAGGAGAGAAAUGAAGUUGUGUGGGUGUGGGGGGAAAUUAAUUCCUUAAGAAACAGCAAAUUUUCUUUUGCAACAUUUACACAAAAACUCUCUUUAAAAAAAAUUACACCAAAAAAAGAAGUUAGAAAAAAAAUGGUCCACUUAAACUGUCAGAGGACUGGAGAGCAGAGUCCAUGGCAUGUCCCCCACAAGCUUUGUGCUGAUUCCUGUGGCUUUGGCCCAUGUCUUAUCCACAAAGCCCUCAUCCACUUCCCCAUGGAGUAAAAGCAGUGGUCACUCAGAAAGGAAUGCCUCAGUUCGCUUCAGAUUUUGGUGAACCCCAAUGCCAGAGCCCCAACAGCAGCCCUGCUCUGCUGGAUGGGGAAUAGGUUGCUUCUGGAGCUGUAGGGCCACUGCUUCAUGUGCCCCGUAUCCCACGCCAGCAAGCAUGCGGCCACUUUGUAAGCAAGCAGAUGAUGGAGAUCCUGAACAAACUGCUUGCAGACACAGGCUUUUGGUUUUCAAGCCUUUGCCUGGUGGUAUUCUCAGAUGCACUCUUCGGAGAUGAAGCUGUAAAAUAGGAGUCUCUUGCUCUUUUUUAAUCCACAGAAAUCCUGAGCACUUUAGAAAGAGCUGAAGCAUGUAAUUUUUAAUUCACUUAUCCUUGCUGAGUGUCAUUGUGACUCAAUGGAAGGGGAGAGAACAAGGAACUGAAAGACAGUGUGACUUCCUUCCACAACAAUGAACAUUAAAUGUGAGCUUUGGAAAAUAAAAGCCCUAUAUUCAGACCAUACAACUCUAUUGGGUCUGAAUUCAAAGCCCACUAAGCAUAAAGAAAGGCUGUUUUUUUGUUCAGUGUGUUUAGGAUAAAGUUUUUGGUACCUACAUGGAUGUUACAACCUGGUACCAACAGCUGGAGAGGAAGAAUAACGAUACCUUAAUGCAGCAGUAGGCUCUGUUUGGUGGGAUUGGGAUAUACUUGUUCUCUGGUGAAAAAACACGAAUACUAUGAAUAAGACACAUGGACUUUACCACUACGCACCUGAGGACUUUCUGUUUUGUGGACUAGGUCUUUGAAAGACCUAAGGGUCUGAGAUGACUUUCAUGUUUUGACUUGAGAGGUGAUUUGUAAGCAGAGAAGUACAUGAUCCUUUCCGCUGAAGAGUUUGUUUCUGUUCUUUUCUGUGCUGCUAUUCCUCUUCACCUAAACAAACUGUGUUAUGACUGCACUGAGAACAUGCAGUCAGUUUGUAUACAUAACAUUCAAACACGUGUGUUCUAUUCCUACCAAAAUUUUAUUAUAAAUGGGAAAACUUUCCUGCAAAUGACUAAAUUCAUACCUGAUUUCAUACAGCAGGGACCCUUUAAAGGCUGUUAAUUAUGGCUUUCUUUUCCUUCGGGGCAGUCUCUAUUUUCUUAAAUUAGCUAAUUUUUGCCAUUUUUCACUUGUGCACUUCCUUCCUGGCAGCUUUCCUGCUCAGGUUGUCAGGAAGGAAAGCUCAGAAGUCAGGGUCUCCAAAAGAGAACAAUGAUUUUGGACGCUUGCUGUUUGUUUUGGACUUUGACUCAAAAUACCUUAAAGAAUCCUGGGGAAAAAGAAUGCUCUCUUGUAAUUGCAUCAUCCAGUCCACGAACUCUUGAGUUGUUAUUAUUAGGGUUAGAGUUCUACAGUUCCAGCAUGAAUCCAGGAUAUGCAGCAGUUGGAAAAGCAUCCUGUUACAGCUCCUCAAAGCCAGGGAUCAAGUUUUGAAGGGCCAAGAGUCAAAUCUUUUGCAUUGUGCCCCCAGCAAUAACUUGUUACCUCAUGUAUACUUGAAAGAAAAAUCAGCAUCUGAUGGCUGUGAAGUAAACAUACCAUGCAUUUUUUACGACAAUAGCAAAGACAGGCAAGAAGAAUCUGACAAGCUUCUUAUGCUGGUCUCUCUUAGUUAAAAUAAGCUUCUACUUGGAUUCUUGCUCUGUCGUGCACCUUGCAAACAGCCAUAUUAAUUUCACAGAGUGAAAAACACGAGGACAAAUUCUGGUUCUGAAUAAUUAUCAUGGAGAUGUUUCUCUCUGCAUCUGGAUGAAAUAGUUACUUUUUCUUUUUAACAAAAGGUGUCUCCCUAAACAUUAAGCCUGAGCAGUGGGUCCUCCACAUGUCUCUUCCCUGUUUCCUCCCCUUCAUCCUGUAUGUUGUCUUUCCUCCCCUUCAUCCUGUGUGUUGUCCAGCACUGUAUUUCAGCAGGAAUAAAUUACAUUUGUUCUAAAUACAGCA